AGCCUUCGUGGCCCAAUGUUCAGGAGACGAGAUCCUGGUACAUAUGUUCCCCCUAGUGCACGGUACUGAAAUCUGGACGCUCCGCGUGUGCCAGCCAUGACAUCCAGAAGCGAUGCCCGCGCCCGUGCGCGCGUGCCCGCUGCGCGGCAGGGCGCGCGGGGCCGCGGCCAGCCCUCGAGUGCAUCUGCAGGGGGCCUCGAGGAGUCUCUUAGGCGUGGAGUAGGCGGAUUAGUAAACCUUCACCUGGAGAGGAAGAAGGGGAUUGGAAGAGGAUAAGUAUAAACCACCGACGCCCAGAGGAAAGGGCUGGUGGGAUUAGACGCGCUCUGGUCUGGUAACUUCAGCAUGUUCUGGCGCAUUGUGCGGUGGCGGAUCUCUGGCCAGCGGUGCUUUCGCACUCUCGGCGCAGGUGCGGGAGGGCAGGGUGGCGUGCGAGAGCAAGGUCAGCGUCCAGAUCUUCUUUGAGCCCGGCUGCAAAUACUGUCGCCAGUAUUUGGCCGGUCCAGUGGAGAAGGCCAUCGCGCACGAGCCGACAAGAGGGUGCAUGAACAUUGAUCUCAACCCUCUUGGUAAUGCCUUUUACGCAGUCCCGGAAUGCAAUAAUGCCAAGACAGGCAAUGAAAGUGUACCGGCAUGUGGUGGUGCGGGAGGAUAUGACGCGGGCAUGCGCAAGUGUUUCAAUCAAAGAUGCGGUCCUGGAGUCGCGGUUGCAGAUCGUUCUGAGAAUUGUUACAGGGGCAGUUUGAUUUUCCAGCACGGCUUCAAGGAAGCGUGGUUCACUCGCUAUUUCGCGUGCGCCAAGCAUGCUUCCUCCACGAAAAAUUGGGAGAACUAUGGUCAGUUCGUUCUAUGUAUGGAAAGAAAUUAUACGACGACAGAAGGCGGAGACCUGUUCGAAACGCUUAUCGAGACUUGUGCCGAAUCUUCAAAUAUUAAUUUUGCUGAGAUCGACAAGUGUUAUAAGAGUGGAGGGGGAGAGGAGGCCUUCGAGCUUGAAGCUAGGAACAUUCCUGAGCACGACGGUGUUCCUUGGAUUAUUGUCAACGGCGUAGUUCAACCCGAGUCCUAUGACGAGAACGCGCUUCUGACGGCGGUACAGGACGCCAUGGGAAACAGCUCAAAGCUACUUGAUGCUCCGAGGCUGGCUGCAAUACAGCAAGACCAUGAACUUCUUGGAGCGCGGCGAGAAGAGCGUCGGCGCCACAUUACCUGCUGACGAUGACGAACCUGCUUUCGCGAUCGCUGAGUCAAGCUUCGAAUUUCUUGGAUGAUGAUGAUAGCCCAUCCCCCCUGCCGGAAGCAAAGUGCGCAUGCCCACCUGCAGCGCCCAGCCCCGCCCUGGGCUUCCGCACGCAGCCGCAGCGGCCCACGCUUUGCUCGCCCUCGGAGAGAGUCGCCGUCCGCGCCCCCUCCACCGGUAAAGGCCUUUGGGCUGUGCGCUCAGGCGCCCCUCCGGAGGUCGCCGCGGCUGGCCGCAC